AUUGCUCUUAGCUGUCAGCCGUUUAAAAUUUUCUGAAACGUUUCUAGGAGUGGAAGGCAUUGUAUGGCCUAGGCCUAAAACCGUAGACCAUAGUUAAUCUUAGGAUUGUUACGCUAGGGAUUCUUUAUAAUGUGUAUGUCAACAAUUGUCAACAUGGUGUAUUUUUCUAAUCGUUACAACUGAAUUUCAUUAAAGCGAUUAUAAUCAUUAUAGAAAAUUACUCUUUAUUUAUACAAAUUUAGUCACUACUUAAACUUAAAUAGCCCUACAACUACUACUAACUAGUACUAGUACUGGCCUUCUUAAAAGUUUUAUAAACAAACACGACUAAAUCAAUGCCAAUAAUAGGGCCUACUACCUGUUAGUGUUACUUAGAACUUAGACCAAUUUUAAGUUUAGCUUUAUUAAUUUAAAAAUUCAAGUAUCUACCACAAGUUAUUGUCUUCUAAUUUUAUUUUUGGGCCUUAGUUUACUACUACUACUAAUAAAUAAUACACUACACUAAUUCACUAAUUAAGUUUAAUUAGUAAGAGACGUUGCCUUUGCAUUUAACUUUUUAAAAUAAAGUAAGCAUAGUAUUAGACUUAGACUAAUGAAAUGAUUAGUUAGUUACUAUUAUAUUUAUAUAUUACUUAGUUUUUUACUUGACUAAACUAAUACUUUCCUUUCCUAGACUAGGCCUAGUCAAAUUUAUUGAGACUAAGUUUAGUUUUUUUUUUAAUAGCCUACCAAUUUAGGCUUACUUGGAUUGAUCAUUCAUUUAUUAAGCCCGCCUUCUAAGUUAAAGUCACAGUAAAAAAUAAAAAUGUAGUCUCCGCUCACUGCUAGGCUAACUAAAGUUAAAGUAAAGACACCUAGGCGAUAUGAUAUUAUAUGUAUAAUUGUAGGUUAUAAAUUUACUUAUUAGCCUAUAUCAUCAUUUUAUUGCCCUGGUCCUGGUGAAAAUCAUACUGAUACUGAUACAAUUAUCAGGUUAAUAAAAAUAUCACGAUCAUUUUCAUAAUGAUUCAUAUUGUUUUUUUGGAAUAAAAAUUGCAGAAAAUAGUAGCCUACUUAAAACUUACUUUGUAUUUUCUAAAAUGAAAAAAAUAUGUCUUUUUGAGGAAGUUAUUGUUCAAAUGUUAACAUUGUCAUGCUCCUGGUCACAGUGGUGUUUGUUCUCUCCCAAAAACUAUGAUAAAUUUCUGUAUAGCCUAGGCCUAGGUAUUUUUGUAGGAAUAAAAUCUUAAAUAAAAGUAAUAUAUUGUCCUUUAUAAUUAAGUUCCUUUAUUUGACUUAGAAUUCUAAAAACGAUAGUCACAAUAGUAAUAGGCUUACUGAACAAAUAAGAUAAAAUAGCUAUCAAAAUAUUAAUCCUGUACCUAUGCCUGGCUAUGGCUACCACAUUUAUCCUAAGCCUAAACAUCAAAAUUAUGUUAAUUAAAACCUCUUAAAAUAUAAAAAAUGUUAUUUUCACUCAGACCCAUGCCACUGAGGCGACUACCUUUAACAUGAUAAACUUAAAGCUAUAAGCAGUGAGCAGCUUAUAAAUAUUUGUAUUGUUUUUAGUUUGUCACUGAGAUUUGAACUUUAUAUUAAAGAUUUCACAAAAAAUUUUGAUUGCAUUAUGUCAAUAAUGGUUAGCCCCUUAUAACAAAAUUUGUCAAAGUCAAGUCUUUUGUCUAAGUCUAAGCCAAAUAAAAGACAUGUAGACACAGUGGAAACAUUAUCAAUAAAAGUUCAAGUUAUUCAGACUGUUAUUUUUUUGUGCUGCAGUUUAAUUAGCCUAAUAUUUGAUAAUUUAUAUUAAUUUGAUAAUGGAUAUUUCUAUUUUACUAGUCUGAAUUUAUAUACUUUAUAUCUGUAAAAUUUCUUUAAUUUUCACCACUACAUUUCAUGUACAGUAAUUUUUAAAAAUUUUAAUGCUUUUUUUUUCCUUUAUCAAUUUAUUUUCAGGUUUUGUUCUGGAUAUGAUAUUUGCAAAAAGAAGUUAAAUAUUAUUUUAAAGUAAUGGGUUGGUUAACCAGAUCUUUUCGUCGUAGACGCUCUACAAUUUUAUUCCUGGUGUUUUUGAUUCUACUGCUGAUUGGUGCAGGACAUUAUUUUGAUAUCUUAAACUUAUCAACAUCAGAUAUUGCACAGUAUUCUGUUAGGUAUAUUAGAUAUCAACGAUACAAACAAACAGAACAAUUUCGUGUUGGCCCUGGAGAGCGUGGAGAAGCAGUACAUCUAGAAGGUGACGAGAAAAAAUUGGCUGAUAGUCUUAUAGAAAAAGAGGCAUUCAACAGAAUCGCUAGUGAUAAAAUAUCUUUAGAAAGGUCUAUAAAAGAUGUAAGAGAUUCAAGGUAAAAGAUAUUGUUCUGUACAUUGCUGUAGACACUAUUACUUGACACACCUCUUUUUAUGUAAAUUUCUCUUUUGAGUUAUAUUUUUCAAUUAUUUUUUUCCUGCUCAAACUUUAACAAAAUAAUACAGUAAAAGACAAUCUUGUUUUAGAGGUAUUAAAGUACAAGGCUAAUACUUCUCUUAAAGAAAUAUAUGAUCUUUUUAUGGCAUAAUUAUAAAAUCAUGCAUUUGUUAAAGCAAAAAUUAAUAUCUAAAGUUUAUUUCCCACUAAUUUAUAAUUCAUCAUUACAUGUUUGGGAACUUGAAGAAAGUUAAAAUAAUUUGUUGUUUCAGAUGCAAGUCUGUAAAUUAUCCAAAGAAAUUGCCUACAGCCAGUGUAGUAAUAAUUUUUCACAAUGAAGCUUGGUCACCACUUCUGAGAACAGCACACAGUGUUGUUAAUCGGUCACCACCUGAGUAUUUGCAUGAGGUUAUAUUAUUGGAUGAUUUUUCAGAUAAAGGUGAGUGUUGAUUUUUAAAAAAAUGUUGUAUAAUAAUGAAACCUUAAUAACUAUCAAGAGUUCAAAAAUGUAUUUUACCUGUCACUUUUAAAAUCAUGUGUUCUCAAAGUGGGAGGGGGGAGCAUUGAUACGACUGCGUACAAUAGUCACCACUAUUGAAGUACAAGGAGAUCUCUCAGAUUUUUAUACCGUCUGAAAACAAUGAGAGGUGGGGAAGAGAAAAUUUCUCGUGUGUCGGUGUCUGCGAGUAGUAUAGAUCGAUGUUUAAGGAAAAAACGUUUAGCAAUCAGAUUGUGAGGGUGAUAAGUUAUAAUGAGUUUUGUCCUGUCAACAUUGUCGCUCAGACAUGGUCUUAAGGCAUCAGCACAUGUAAUAUUCUUAACCCUUUGGAGGGCUGAUGGGCAGUUUCCCUAAGGGCAGUUUUUUCAUACUCCUUGUACGCAGUCGUAUCAAUGCUCCCCCCUCCCACUUUGGGACCAAGCCGUGUGGAUGCAGUCGUUGCAACUCUUGCCCUUUUGUCGUCCAGACACAACACAUACGUUUCCCUAAGGGCAGUUUUCAGAUACGCGACGGUUUCCUCUGUACAAGCCGCAACGUUAUCUACGCCAUUGUCUGCACCCGCUGUCAGAUGACAUACAUAGGGGAGACUGGACGCAUCUCUCUGACAGGUGUACCGAACAACUCCGAAACAUUACACAAGAUAAACAGUGUUCCGUCUCCAAACACUUCAAUAGUGGUGACCACCAGGGCAAGGCGGACUUUUCAAUAAGUGCGAUUGUGGCUAGCACGAACACCGCCAGCCGGGUCAAUUUGGAACACAGACUUAUCCUGACUUACGGCACUUUGACGCCAGAUGGGAUUAAUGUUAUGUCUCUGUUCACAGCUUGACCCUAGCUCCGCCCCUCCAUGUUCUGACCUAUCACAGUAAACUUUUUUCUCCCCCUUUUUUUCGCCGCUGCAUAUUUAAACUCUCACUCACUUUCCUUCUGCCACACUUCUAUUGCUGCCCACAGAUACUACUUACCAGCUAAGUGCUAUUUCUUAUUUAUUAUUUUUAAACCGUUUUUUCUGUUGUUUUGUUCGCUGACGAAGGCUUUCUGCCAACAUGUUCACUGUUUUGUUGCGUUUAUUUUUUCAGGUUUAACUCUACUCUGUUCUACUCAUUUUAUUUUGUACUAACCUGAUUGCAGUCUCUCCCCUGAGAUCUCAUACAUAAAGUCUGGGUAACAGAAUCUUUAAAAAUUUCUAACUACAAAUAUUCUCUUGGUCAGAUUUUCUCAAAGGAAAACUAGAGCAGUAUGUAACUGAUACGUGGCCAGAUGGUCUUGUUCGUAUUGUCCGUACAUCAGAAAGAUCAGGACUCAUUAGAGCAAAAAUAGCUGGUGCUAAAGCUGCCACAGGAGAUGUACUCAUUUUCUUAGAUUCACAUUGUGAGGCAGGCCCUGGAUGGUAUGUAUUAAAAUACAAAUGUUAUGUUAUGUUUAGAUUAGCCAGGUUUUAAGUAUGCUUUAUGUAAACUGUUCAGUCUGCUGUAACACUUUUUAUCCACACAGCCAGCAUAAUUAUCAAAUUAAUUAUCUCUAAUUAUAUCUAAAUUACUAUCAAAUUUAUUAUCUAUUAGUUUCGCAUUUGACAAAAAAAUGCCAUUGAUCUGUGUAAAAAAACUAAAAAUGUGACCAAAAAAAUGCUUUAAACAAGCUAUUUUCAUUUAAAAGUUGUGCUUUAACCAUUUAGGAAUUAAAGUAAACAUGUUUGAAUGUGUACUCAAUGAAGGGGAGGGUAUUUAUUAAUUUUUCUUGUUGCUAUUUUAUGUAGACGCCAAUCAACAUCGUUUGGAUAUGAAGGUUAAAAUCGUUCAAUGCAGAUGGGCAUUGUGAGAAAUAAAGUGUUAAUGCAUGAAGCGUAAAACAAAUAUAUAUUUCACAAUAAGCGAAACAUUUUUGGCACAGCGCUAGGCAUUUUCCUUGUAUUUUGCAACCUAAGAAAAGCACUAAUGAUGAAAACCUCAAACUCAGAAUAUCUCAAUAGGGUGUUCCUUCAGUAAUUAUAUAUACAUGUAGUUUCUGCAAAAAAAACAACACAUUUGUUUAGCUGAUAUAUUUUUAAUAUUUUUUUUAUUUAUUUUAAAUAUUAUAAUGAAGAAAAGAAACUGUUUUCUUCAAUUACAAUAAUAAACAUGAAGUGGAGUGUGGGAAAUAUUUUUUUUAAAGUACAUUGCAUUUUAACCUCUUGAAAUAGGAAAUAUUUAAUAUAUUAAAAGUAUAAUUAGAAACAUGGUUCCAAUAAUUUAUCAAUAUCCCUAUUGUAAGUGAGACAAUCUUUCAGCUGAGGUGACAUACAUUUCGAAAAAAAAAUUACUAAGAUGUCAUACUUUCGUUGUUUAUCACUGGCCAAGAAAGUUUGAAGGUCUUUUGGAUUCUUCUUUGCAUGAAAUCCAGUUCAAUGUAAAUGAUAGUUCAAUGUGUAUGUAUUGACAGGAACAAAUGAACAUGAUUGCAGAAACAGGAUCAUCUCAAUUAAGAAAUUCAUUGGUUUAAAAAUUGUGUAUUUCAAUUUCAUUUUAUUAACAGUUAAUAAAGUUUAAUUAGUAAUCUAAUAUUACUUUAUCUAUUUUAACUUGUGAUUCACUGUUUGAUAGUUUUAUAAAUCAAGGAGGGCAGCUUAUUUCUUUUUUCUUUGAAAAUCAGUUUAAUCUAAAAAGUUGAUGCCAAGUGAUCUUAACUCUCAUAAUCCUUAAUUACUUAACUUGCUUGUUAUUUGGAGAGGGAAUACAAUUGGGGUGGGGGGUUGUUUACAUAAAGCAAUUUUUUUAUAGUAAUGGCUAAAAAAUUGGGGGGUUGUUUACAUAAAGCAAUUUUUUUAUAGUAAUGGCUAAAAAAUUUGAAUAGUUCAAAUGGAAAAAACCCACAAUUUUUCAAUCUAUGAUGGUUUAUGUAUGUUUCUUUCUUUUCAUAUGAAUAGUCUGAAAUUUUUUUGUUAUUUUAAGAAGUUAUCAAUUUCUUUUUAAAUAUAAAAUUAAAAUAUGAAUACUUAAAAUUUCUGCCAAAUUUGAUAAUUUUUGAACUGACACUUGAGUUUCAUUAUAGUUAUUAAAAAAUGUGUGAUCUGAUAAAAACCAUGAGAGUAGAAUAAGUUGAAUUGAAAUUUAUUAAUUUUUUGCAGGGCAAUGCCACAAGUCUCCUUUUACAGUUUUACACUCUAACUGGUGAUAUCUGGAGAUACAUUAGCAAAUAUAUCCAAUGUUUGAAAAAAAAAAAAAAUUAACUUGAAUUUGUUGCCUAUGUUGUUGCCUUGUUUACAUUCUAAUGUUUAGCCAAAAAUAAUUUCAUCACACGUCAAGUUUACGAACAGCAUCAGGGAGAAAUGAGUUUCUAUCAUUUGACUGUUUUUCACUGAAGCAUUUUCCUACAGGAUAGAGCCCCUGCUUAACAGAAUACAUGAGGAUCGCACUGCUGUCCUUUGUCCUGAGAUAGACCUGAUAGAUAAAGAUACCCUACAAUAUGGUGGCACUGGUAGCUUCAGCGUAGGUGGCUUCUGGUGGAGUCUUCACUUUUCCUGGCGACCGCUGCCACAACGUGAAGUAGAGAGACGGAAAUCUGAGAUUGACCCCAUUAGGUAACAAGAGAGAAUAUGAAGAGAAAUAUGUCACCCUGUUGAUUUUGGUAGUUCUUAUUAUUAUGUUCCGAAAUUAGGGAGUUUAAGUGGAGAUGGCUCAGAUUAAAGCAGCAAAUACAAUUUUAGGGCAAAUAUUUCAAGGCAACAGCUGGAUGACUAUCGAGGAGCAAGCUAAUUGACUUGUGGCAUUGCGUUGAAAAUACCAAUUAAAUCAUUUAAACAGCAUUUGUCGCUUUCAUUGCUAGGCUUGAGCCACUGUUAAGUCGAAUAGCUGAAGACAGAACGGCAGUUUUGUGUCCCAUUAUUGAUUCUAUUGAUGACAAGACGUUAGAAUAUUCUGAUAAUGGUGGUUACCAGACCGGAGGCUUCACGUGGAGCCUUCACUUCACAUGGGAUGAAGGCGAGCAACGAGCUGUUCAAAGCUCCGAUUAUAUCAAACCUGUACGGUAAGGCUAGCAGCCACUAUUUUAUUUAUCAAGGAGGUGCCAUUGUGAAUCCUGUUUCCCAUCACCUCACCAUGUAGAACCAUUUUAGCUUCAUUUGUUUGAAUUAUUUUUUGGCUUCGGGGUACAUAUGUUAGAAUAUAUUUGUUGGAGCCAGAUAUCAGCCUUAUUUAUCAAGUAGUUAAAUUGACUUCCCAUCAUAAAAUAGCUCAUCAUUUAUAAAUAGCAAAUGACACCUUGCAUCUUUUUAUAUAUUUGUUAGGUUUAUGGGCUAUCUACUAAAUAUGUUUUUGAAUUUUAAUACUAUUUGUUUAUUUUACCUAUAGGUGAUCUAAGAAAUAAAAAAUAUUUCAUUAUGAAGUUCCCCAAAAUAAACAUGUCUGAUUUCUUAUAAUUGUAUAUUGGUUGCUUUUGUUUAGUCUGUCCAACAGGAAGCAAAUAUCAUUCAAUGCUACAAUCUAAAAACCUGUUAAUUUAACAAUUCCUGUCCUCAUUUCAAAUUUUAACCUGCAUAUAGUUCUGGCGUAGUUUUUAAAAAAAAUUUUUGUUUUAAAUUUGCUUUCCUCUUUACCACACUUUUAACUCAUUUAAAUAACCUCACCCUAACGUUUGUUUUUGCUUCUUUAUCUGCUUGACAAUCCCUGAAGUCAAUUCUAAAUUUAUUAUAAAAUUAUAUAAAACAAACCAAUUUUUUACAAAAAAGUCACAUAAAAGCCCCUAUCAAUGCUGUCUGUAUAACAUUGAUUUACAUAUAACAUCUGUAGUCCUUACAAAACUAAUAGAUAGUAGGGCUACCUUUGAAUACACAUCUGUUGCGUUCACUUAACUUAACAAAACUAAUAAUCCAUAAAAGAAAAAGAGGGGUACAAUACAUUUUUUUCUUUUCAAUCUUUGCUUAGGAAAAUUAAGCUAUUGUUUGUUUUAGACGAAGACAGGUGCAGAAAUAAAUAUCUCGGCUCACUUAUUGAUUCUCCAGUUACAGUGAUAAAAGCUGCUUUAAUAAAUUGUCAUGUUGGACAAGGCUAAAUACUCUUAUCAAAAUUAAUAGCAGUCAUUUAAUUUAUCGAUUUGUUUUGUUGUAUUGGAGAAUUUAAUUUUAUUGGUUUCUACAUUAAAAAAAAACUUCUUAAGCUCUGGACAUUUGGAUUAGAAACUGGACAUUUAUGAAGUAACAAUGAAGUAACAUUGGCUCCAUUCCUUGACAAAUAUAUGUUGCUAUUUAAAGAUAAUAAGAACUCAAUUUCAACAGAUCCCCUACAAUGGCUGGCGGAUUAUUUGCUGUAGAUCGCAAAUUUUUCUUUGAAAUAGGAGCCUAUGAUCCAGGGAUGGAUGUGUGGGGUGGAGAAAAUCUAGAGCUUUCUUUCAGAGUAAGUUUUCAUCCCCUGAUAAAUUUAAUGAAAUAUACUCUUAAUCAAGCACCAAUAAAAACAAAUGAUGAGAUAUUAAUUUUUUAAAAUUUAUUUAUUCAACAUUUUUUUUGUUAAAGCUUUCUUGUUACUUUACUUUAAUAAAGGAUUGAAAAAUAUGUAAGGGACAAUAAAUAAUAUUUUGCUCCAAAUUAAAAAAUAUUGUAUGCUAUCCAGUAGUUUGCUUAACACAGUUGACACAGUGAAACAGUCACAGAGUUAUUUCACAAUUAUAUAUAUUAUAUAUAUAUAUAUUUUUUUUUUAAAUUUUAUUUUGAGGUAUAUGAUAUGUGAAUUUUUUGUUUGUCAGGUAUGGAUGUGUGGUGGUAAGUUGGAAUUCAUACCCUGUUCUCGUGUGGGUCACAUCUUUCGAGCAAGUCAUCCAUACACCUUUCCAGGUGAGUUUGACUGUUUCUCAAUGUGAUAACACUUUAACAUUUGCUGCAAUAAAAUUGGAAAUGCAUUCUUACAUUACACAAAUCUGAAAUAGUAUUUAACCUACAGAUUUAGAUUUAAACCUUUAGUCACUACAUCAUUAUGUUAAACAUUAUGAAUAUUAAACAGAAAUCUAGGCUCUUAAGUCAUGUAGAACAUGGUUUGAUGGUCAUUUAUUACUUAUAUAAAUUAUCAGGUAAUAAAGACACUCAUGGUAUUAACUCAAUGCGCCUGGCAGAAGUGUGGAUGGAUGAUUAUAAAAGACUUUUCUAUGCACACAGGAGAGAUCUUUUGGUUUGUUUGUUUUUUGUUUUUUUUUUACAUUAUUAUUUUUUAUUUUUACUGUUUGGAAAUUUCAAUGCGCUUUAAAAUAAAUUAUUUGUUAACAGUUAAAAAAGCCUUAAAUAUUUUUUCAGGAAAAGGAGAUAUAUUGACCAUUUAAUAAGAAAUAACCAAUAUUUCAGGUUAAAGCUUAAUUAUUUUUUUAAAAUUUGAGAUCUUUUAUGGUGUCACUUAUUGUGGGGUUAUCUUCCUGAAAUUAAAAAAAUAUUAGGGAUGCAUCUGCAAAAAGAAAUUAAGUAAUUGCUAUACCAGGAUUGAAUUCCCAAGUCAGGAUAAUCUUUCAUAUCUGUUUUUUUUUUUUUUUAUUAUUAUUUUUUUAAAUUUUAUUUGUGACAAGCUUUUAAAUUCAUUUUGAAAUUGCUUGUUUAAAUUGAUAGAGUUAUACUUGAUAAAUACUAACAUUUAUUUAAUUAUUUUUAAUUGGACUGGUCAUUUUAUGGUCAAAAAAGUAAAGAAACGAAUAACUGUAAAACAGGAUUUCUAUUUCCUUUAGAACCAAUUAGCACGCUAUGAUGGGAUUGUAAAAUAUAUAUAAUUGAAACAAUCAAAUAAAAUUUUAUAUCUCUUUUUUUAUGAUUUUUAUAUUUCUUCAAAUUAAAUUUAUUUUUUAAAUAAACAUUCUCAACAGAGUCAAGAUUAUGGGGAUGUAUCAGAAAGGAAGGCAUUACGUGAAAAUCUAAAAUGUCACAGCUUCAAAUGGUAUCUUGAUAAUGUGUAUCCAGAAAAAUUCAUUCCUGAUGAGAAUGUCAAAGCCUGGGGAAUGGUAGGGUGUUUUUCUUAAUUUGUAUACUUUCAUAAAUCAUGAUAAAUCAUUUAAUUAAUUAUAUUUAUUGAAAAUCUUUCAGAAAGACCUUAAUGUAUUAGAUGGUAAAUUUUAUAUUUUAUGGUUUCCUUGAGAUGGUGCACUAUUCCCGUUGUGUAUGCUGAAACAAUAUGAUGAGCAUCACAUUUCAUCAUAAACAAACGUCACUAAUAAUGUCACUUUGGAGAUGGCGUCGGUGGGUCGUCGAGCGCGAGCUCAUAAUACCAUCCCCCGCCCCCGGCACACCCCUGCACUGGCCGACGCUGGAUCCCCCCUCCACCAGACCGUGAGUAAGCACGCCAGGAUUGGGGGACGUCCGGUUGACUGAAAACGCUGCGUUUAAAGCGUUGGUGGUCCACUCUGCUUGGGUUUGAACGGCUUUGCUUCCUCUCCGGGGGAAAGAUGUUGCGUUACCUCCCCCCCACUGUCCAGGGAGUUGUCCAGUUGGGACGGAACGGUCACCUGGGAGCGGCUUUCUCAGGGCCGCGUAGCUAAAGUCAUCGGCGAGGGUUUUAACCCCCACCCAGGCCUCAUAUCCAUUAAUGGCAACAAGUAAUCAUGUUACUGCGUUACUCCCGUUGCGUUGGAAGUCAUGCAAGUGGUCGGGGUUUUUUAGCUUCGGGAGGGAACCUCCUUACUAGUCUGCCACGAAGAGGCAAAACCCCAUGUGGACGCCUCCAAGUUUCCUCGGAGACGCUCUGCUUCCACGGACAGCAUCAUAAACAAACAAAAUAAUGAUAUAAAUAAAAUAUUGAUUUCACUCUGUGCUAAACAUAAUCAACCGUUAGCUAACCCUUUAUUCCUUAAUAAUAAUUCUUCUUAUGCAUGCAGUCUUAAUUUUUUUACAUUGUAUUGUUUUGGACUAAGUAAGUUUAAUGUCACGUUAGUGAACUGGAGAGUCCUUCAAGAAUACCUAAUAACAGAACGUUGUAUUUUUCUUUCAUCUCUAAUUCUGUUAGGUGCGCAAUCCAGACAGUGGCAUUUGCUUAGAUACAUUACAAAAAGAUGAGAAGUCUGUUUUUGAUAUGGGAAUGUUUCAUUGUCAGAAUGGAGGCAGUGCCAGUCAAGUAUGCAAAUCUUUCUUUUUAGUACCUUUAAUUUUUUAAAUAAGAAAUAUAAGGAUGCCAUUUGUUGAAUUUUAUUUCUUUCCCUGUUGUGGAAGUAAUCAAAGCAAUCUUGGUUACUUGUUAUCUAUACAGUUAAGUAUGAUGUACCUUAAAAUACAAAAGAUAUCAACCUCUUUUGAAUUUUUUUUAUUCCAACACAGGUAAUGUCAUUAACUCGUACAGAUGACCUGAGACGAGAAGAAGGCUGCCUUGAAGCAUCUGGAGAGGAUAAUAGCCAUGUCUCUUUGAGACCCUGUCACAACAUUCCAAGCCAGAAGUGGAUACAUGAUAAGGUUUGUUUUGCUUGAAAAACUUUAAUAUUCUUAUGUUCUGAAAAAAAUAAACCUUUUGAAUAAUUUUUUGCAAUAAACAUAGUUUUUAAAAAAAAAAUAAUAUUGUAGAAUGUGUAUUUUAAUUUACUCAUAAUUAUCCUUGCAAAGCAAUUCUUCUGAUAAAUUUAUUGACUAUACAUAAUAACAAGGUUUUAUGUACUGUUAAGUUUAUAUUAAAUUUAAAAUUUAAAGAAGUAAAAUUAGAGGCUCCAAAUUAGAUAUGCUAAAUAUUUUAGCAUGCAAUGAUUGAUAAACAGUUUUUUUACAAUUUAUAUAAAAUGUUCAAUUUAACUAACUUAUUUCAUAGUUGACACAUCAUGGUUAACCUUAAGUCAUCAGUAGAGAGAAAUUCUGUUUAAUCUUCCUUACUAGACUUAAGCCUUGGAGACUGAUCUCCAGGAUCCCUUCAAGGCAUUGUUAGCAGUGUAAACAGAUUGCUUUAACAAAGUAUUUUCAAAAGUAAAUAUUUUCAGUUCUUAAGAAUGAGAAACCAAGAAUAAUUUUAAUUUUUAAAAAUAUUUUUGUAGACGAAAAGCACCAUAGUCCACAAAUCAUCUGGAAAGUGUUUGGAUACCGGUGGCUACAAGAGUGGGGAAACUGUCGUCAUUAACACAUGCAAUGAUAAGGAAUCCCAGAAGUGGACCAUGCAGCACUAUAUUGACAUGUGAUAUGGCAUUCUCUCUAAGUACUGUUACAACCUUACACAACACUGUGAACAAGAAGAAUGCACCAAGGUAACAUUUUGUAGGAAUGCAGUUACGACAUAAAACAAAAGUUGUGCCGAUUAAUUUUUUUUUUUUAAACAACGCAUUUAAACAAAAAUAUUUUAUAUAUUUUUUAGUUGGCUGUUGGGUAACUUAAUGUCCCUUCGACUAAAAUAUUCUGAAAAUUAAAUUGCUUAUAAGAUGUGAAGCUAUUCAUUUAUUUUAAAGUCCAGGGAAUAAAAAUGUGAUCAUUUCUAUGCAAUAUCUUUAAUUAAAGAUGAUUAUUUUAAAGAUUCUAUUCCCAUAUUCCCUUCCUGUUAAUCGAAUGUCAUAUGAUAGCGUUCUGUGAUGUUAUAAUUAGUUAAAAGUCUGCUAUACAUAAACUUAUUCCUGCUGGCUGCCCGACUUCCUUACUUUAUCUGUAUGCCUGCAUUCUAACAGACAGAUGACAAAUGCAUCCAGAAAUGGAUAAUUUUGAAGGACAAAAUGUAACGAGCAGCAACAAAAAACAUGAUUUUGGCACCUUUUACAGACACAUCAUUCAUAGAUAUAAGACAGACCAUACUACCAUACACAUAGUGUCACAAUGAAGAAAUUUAAAAACUUAGUUAUAAAAACUUUAUUGAAAUCAUGCCACAUUUCCACAGAGGACAUGUCAUUUUAUUGCUUCUCUUUAAAAUAAAAAUGAGAGAGGUUGUGUCAAAGGACACAUUAAGCUGGAACUUUUGGGAAUGAGUUUAAUGAACUUAGAUAUUUUAGCCUUACAUUUUGAUACUUAAGAAAAAACGGAUCUUCUCACCCUCAACUAAAUCUAUGCUCUAGCUAGAGGAACCGUCAAGUCAUUUUUAUUGAUUCAAUUCUUAGAGAAAAUGGCAGUUCACUUGAGUUGUGUUUGAAAUAUAUGGUCUCAAAGUUUUUUGAAGAAUGACUGUCACUUGUGUAAUUUGAAAAAACUACAUGCAUUUUUUUUAUAGGGCUAACUACACCAGGUCAGCUCAGCCUGCCGUGUACUUCUUAAAAAUAAGAUGAGACUUAAUUUAGAACUGCAGGACUACUAUGUUUGACUUCUUGGAAUUUUAUAAAUAUUAAAUCCCUGAUUUGAAAGUUUUACAACAUUCUUUUCUGCUUAGUCACAUGAUGGAAGCUACACAAAAAUGGUAUAGAUCUUUAUAGUUAAAUGCUGUUGAAGGUUUGGUGAAUACUUCUAAAGUGACUAGCCAAAGUUGUUUUGUUAUAAGCUAAGGCUGUUAUUUUUAUAAGAAAUCAUUCUCAAGUUACUUUGCAUGUUAUGUAACUGCCAGUUUUGUUGCAUGGGUGUAUAAAUUACCAUCAAGUACAAGUGUGAAAUCUUCAGAAAGUCAAAAAAUGUUUCAUUUACCUGGAGCAAACUUUCAAAGUAUCAAAGCAAUCAAAUCUUCUUAUCGAUUGUCAUCACCUACUUUGUCUUUAAAAUGUAAUGAAUUUUGAAGUAUAGUUUUAUUUCAGUUUGGAUCUAUGUGAGAUACGUCUUUGAUCUUAAUUAUUCUUAUUAGUCUUUAUUUUUCAUAUUUACUGCAAAGGACUAUUUUGUGCACAAAUCUUUUGACUCAUGAUAAUCCCCAUAGUGUCUACUUUAAGAAAUUACCUUCAUAUAAAAAUAAAUAAUCCAAAGCAUUGGUGCUAAGCGAGAAAUAAAAAUUGGAAUUGACAGAGGAUAAGAGAAGUGAUAGUACAAGUAAAAACCACCAGUUGGUGAAUGGUGACUGUUUUUUUUUUAUAGGUAGGAGAAGUAUGUAUACCUAUUGAGAUUUCAUCCAUAAAUUUUUUUUGGUUUAAAUUUAAAAAAAAAAUAUUUUUCUUUGAAUGCUUUUCAUUUUUUAAAUUGAACAAUCAAAUUAUCCCAUUUGAGUGAGAUUAUGUUUAUUGCCUUACUCUAAAAGUUUACCUACUGCAAUAUCUAAAGAAUGAAUAUUUUUUUGUUUAUAGUUUAUAGGGUAGUAAAUAUGACCAUGAUAAUGAUUGAUUACUUAAAAAAAAGGGUCAUGCUGUCCUCAAAUCAAUUUAAAGUAAAAUGUCUUUAAAUGUCUUUUAAAUGAUUUUUUAUCAUUUUUAAAUUCUCUCAAAGACUGAGGCAAACUGUUCCAUAAUUUAGUGCAGUGAUGACGCUUAUGAUCAACAGCAUAAUAACAUUGUGGUUUGGCACAUUUCUAACUAGAGAGAGAGGGGGUUGGUUGUUAUGAGGGCUAAGUAUAAAUAUAUUUGAGAUAAAGAAAUUCCGAAAUCCAACCUUGUUAUGGAGCAACUUUCCUAAACUUCAUUCAGAAUGGAAAUAUUUGUUUUUUUACUUACAUUAUUUAUUCUGGUCGCUGUAGCACAAUAGAUGUGACUACAGCUCUUUAUACAUGGAUGGCAAAGUUUUUGAUGUCUUUUGACUACAGAAAUAAUAUCCUUAUCUCUAAUCAAUUUCUAGUCUCAUUUAAAAAAAAAAAAAACCAAUAUUGUGACUUAUGGGCAUAUUUAAAUCAUUCAAUUUUAAUGCUUCAUUUUUAUUUUCUAAUAAAGUGUUCAUAUGCAACACAAAAGUGAACAUUCCAUUUAUAGCCAUCCUAGUCUUGGCAUCACCAAUUUCUUAGUUAGAUUGAUUUUCUGUGCUUAAAAAAGGUACAUGUUAUAAGGAUCAUUUCCCCUUGCUAAAUAAAUUUAUGAAAGUAUAAAUUCAACUGUUGUCAUUUUCUGUGACGAGCUACCUUUCUUAUUUAUUUUCUCAAAGUUUUAAAGAUCACUUGGGUAAUUAAUUUAAAGUAUAUUUUAGCAUGAACUAUUUUUUUUAUCCUUCAAUUGAUUCUCUUGUUUUUUCCCCACUGAUGUUCAAUCAUUUUUUUCUUUCCUAUCACAUUUGACCUAUACUUUAUAUGAUAACCGAAUUGUAUAUACAUUUUUAUGAAACGUUUUAUUUGAGAUUGUAUUCAUUUAUAAUGGGAGUUUUCCUUACCCAUGGGCUGGUAUAUACUUUUACUUUGUGUAACCAAAUGUGUUGUCUCUUGCUACAAUUUUAACAUAAUGAGGAGAAAUUUCCCCUGUUACACUUACCUCCUGAUUUCUAUUGUAGGCCACUGACCACCUAAGGUCUAUUGAGCGGUAAAAACAUAGAACUUGUACAGGGUCUUCACAAAGUGCUUGUGCCAUCUCUGAAGAAGUCCUUGGUCAUCUCAAUCUGCUGUUGAUUUCCGAUUCUCGUUGCUCAAAGACUUUGUUAACAUUUGGUUGUUGGUUCCUCAAACUACUUUUAUCAUGGUUUUCUGCUCCUGGUUUUCAUGGUUUUCUGCUCCUGGUUUAUUUUAAACACCAAGUAAUGUCAGGGUUUAUUGCCCCUUGCUUUACAUUAUUUGGUUGCAAAUAAUUUUUUUUAAACAAUGAAAAUAAAAUUAGCCGCUGCAUGCUUGAUAAUACUUAAAACUUAAAUAUAUUAUCUUAAAUUCAAUAUUCUACAUAACUAUACAUAAAUUACAAUUUCACUUGUGAUGGACAAUUUAUGAAAACCCUGGAGAUCUUUUUUUUUUGUUCAUACCAACAAUAGCGUACCCUGUCUAAAUGUCUCCCACCUUGGCAAACUUUAUCAAUUUUGGACCCCCCACCCAUUGUAUCCUAUGUUAUGUUAGCAAAUAGCCCCCCCCCCCUUUUUCCAUCAUUCCCUUGUGCAGUUCUGGGCACUCGCAAACCCUUUCUCGCCCAAACCUGGUACGCCAUUGCAUUAAAAUAUCAAAACUUGUUUUUGUUAUCAUUACUCAAACUUCAAAGAUAUUUACCGAGUGGUUAUCAAAUGGAUAUCAACAGUAUUGAUGAUUUUGAAGCGUCUUUGUGAAGAAGCCCUAUCCAUCUCCUAUUGAAAAUAAAUAUAUAUAUAUAUGUAUAUAUGAGAUUAUAGAAUAAAUUAUCAACACAUUUACAAUGCAUUUUAUUUUUUGUUCAAUACAACAGAAUCUGCUGCCAUGUGAAAUUACAUUUUUUUUUUUUUAAUUUUUUUUUUUACUUACUACUGUUGAUUUUUUAAAUUAUUG